GGCUGCUGAGGUGGGCGGCGCGGCGGGGUGCGGGGUCCCUGCUCGCGGCUCGGCCCGCUCGCGGCCAGCUGUGCAGGCGGCUGGACCCGCAGCGGCGGCAGCGAGGACUCCAGCGCGGGCGGCGGCAGCGACACCAGCGACACCAUGGAUCUGUCCUUUAUGGCCGCGCAGCUGCCCAUGAUGGGAGGCGCCUUCAUGGACUCGCCCAACGAGGACUUCAGCACGGAGUACUCUCUCUUUAACUCCUCCACCAACGUCCAUGCGGCCUCCAACGGCCAGGGCCAGCCGGAGGAGCCUCCGCGGUCCUCCAACGACGCGGUCUUACUCUGGAUUGCCAUCAUAGCAACACUGGGGAACAUUGUGGUGGUUGGGGUGGUGUAUGCCUUCACCUUCUGAGCUUCGCGGUGCCCGCGGGCCCCAGGCCGGCUCACCCCGCGCGGCGCUCGCAGCAGGGCGAGGCUUUGCUCAGAGCACCGUCGCCGUUGGCCUCGGGCUGUGCCCACGUUCUGGAGCCGGGAGUUCUGACCAGGGGCGCGGCACCAGGGUCAGCCACCGCGCGUCAGGAAUUUCCCCAAGCGCCCUGAUCGCCCACGUUCUAUGCUGUGGUCCAGCUGAUCCAGAAAACAUGGGAGUGUGAGUUUCCAGCCCCCCCCGGGGGCGGGCCGGGGCAGAACCUUGGAGGAGCAAAUUGGGGAAUUCUUGAAACUGCAUUCCAGGAACGUGAGACCCAAAGGAACAGCCAGUCAGGUUUGAAAUACGGACAUGGUCGAUCGCUGGCGGGCGGGAAGUAAUCACACACGUGUCUUGUUUUUAUGCCAACUUUUCACACCUGGUGUGUCCAGUGCCAGGAAGGAGCUGCCCUCAGAACCGGGGCGUUCCCGGAGCGGCCUUGGUUUCCCACUCGGCCCUUUGGAAUAUUGGCUGUGGUCGCCUGCGCCAUAGAACGUUCCCACUUGACUUGGCGAGGGCACCUCUGUCACCAGUCAUGUGUCCCCUUUCAAGACCCAGAUGCAUCAGGAAACCCAAGGACGGGUAGGAUUUCCUGGGGCGGAGGGGCGGGGGCCGGUAUCUCCUGGACAGACUUUCUCUUAUUUAAAACCAGAAGAAGCGCCUUUAAGCUUUAGAUCUGCCGAGUAGUCGCGUCUUCAGACACCCGCACGAAGAUGCUUUCCUCUCUGAGAAAUCACGGAAUUUUAGAUGGCAGGCUCACACACACCUGAUCUUCUGAUGGAUGUGACCACGCCCGGAGGUCACAGGGCGGAUUCCUGGGGGGGGGGGGGGUCAGAGCAGGAGGGACAUUUCCUGACUCGGCUCAGGGCUCAGGGCUCUCUCAGCCCCCCACAAAGCAGUCUCUU